AUGACUCUAUAUAAUUUCGUUAUAUCAACUCCUGAACGAAAAGAAUUUCUUUAUAAAAUCAAGGAUUGGUCCAAAGUAUCACAAACUGGACUUUUAAUUGCCAAUGAAAUUGAAAAAAUUGUUGGGGAUGUUGGCUUGGAAAAAUUUGCCGCGGUGGUAACAGAUAAUGGCGGAAAUGUUCGUGUGGCACGUGAACGUACAAAUCAAGAUUAUCU